AUGAAUCUACGUUUGGAAUUGACACGGUUCCUAAACCUGUGUUUUGCAUUAGCUUCAGCAUUUAUGUUUUGGAAGGGUCUUUCUAUCGUUACAGACUCGCAUUCGCCCAUCGUGGUGGUGCUGUCGGGCUCGAUGGAGCCCGCCUUCCAAAGAGGCGAUAUCUUGUUUCUGUGGAACAGAAACGCGCUGAACAAGGUUGGCGAUGUGGUGGUGUACGAGGUCGAGGGUAAGGAGAUCCCAAUUGUGCAUCGAGUGCUGCGCGAGCAUGUGGACGAAAAAUCCGGAAAACAACUGCUGCUCACCAAGGGCGACAACAACGCUGGCAACGACAUACCGCUUUACGCUAGGCGUAAAGUGUACCUGCAGAAGGAUCGGGAUAUUGUGGGCACCGUGAAGGGCUACAUCCCACAGUUGGGUUACGUCACGAUUUGGAUCUCGGAGAAUAAGUACGCCAAGGCUGGGUUGAUGGGCCUAAUUGGCUUGAGCGCAUUGCUGAGCAACGAGUAG